AAUACAAGCGACUAUAUAUCGUACAUUGCUGAUCACACAUUUCAUGGUCAUUUUAAAUUGAAUUGUUUAGUUGAAACGGAAACGGCAACCGCGGCAACUGGUAGGGCAAGUGAUUCAACUCUUGACAAACCACCGGGCGACGAGCGUAGAAAGAUUUUGAAAAGAGUAAAACGGGAAUUUGUAAGAGAUAUGGAUGCAGAUACAGUUUUACUACAAAUGGCAGCUGAGGACGUCUUCAACAAAACUGGCGAAGAGGGAGUAAAAGUGAAUCAAAUACGGUUGAAUAACAAUUAUCGAGGAUUUUUAUGCAACAGUUCGUAUUCGUAGCCCCACCCCUCAUCUCCUCUUCUUUUAUACUGUCACUCACCCCCCUGGUAAACAUUUCUUUCUCUACCCAACCUUCUGCUGUUGUAAAAAUCAAAGAUUACAGCUAUAAUUUUCACCAAGAUAAUCAUAUACGCUCGCCCGCCGAAAUUACGCCUGUUUUGCAGGCCACUGUCAUGCCGAUGCAAACUAAGUCGUUCUAAGGAUUUAAUAUCAGCUGAUUCUAGAGGGGUUUCGUGUGACAUAAAUUGAUGAUUUUUUAUAACGGCGUUAAUGUUCUCCAUUUUACCAUGUCAAAAAUAGGACUGCAACACUGUAGAUGAGGGAGCACAUACAUCUCAUAUUGAGACCUGCCAUUAUGUCCUUUCAUUGAGAAAACGACAUAAUUGCUGAACUGCCCACCUUUGAAAUAUAAUUAAUGAAAAAAUAAGCAUGUUAUGAACUUAUUUCAUGCAGAAAAUUGUAAAUUAUGUGACUACUCUAGCUAUUUUAUAGAUUUACUCUAUUGUUUACCCAAAGAGGGGGAGGGGGCGCUGAUUUUCUCAGCGAGUCAACUUGCAAACUGUGUGACCACUCUUGCUAUUUUGUAGAAAAGGCAGUAGGUGGCUGCAAACUAGGAGAAACCAAAGAGGAACGCGGGAAAACUAAAGAGGAGCUCUUACUUAAGAAGAAAAAGGCUGCAAGAGGGAAGGGAACAUCAAGGAUAGGUAAGAAUUACGGUGCUUAACUCAAAGCAAGCUGACAGGGUAAGACAGGCACCUGACUCGAGUAAGUUCUUAGAUUUACUCUGUUGUUUACCAAGGGAGGAGGGGCUGAUUUUCUUAGUGAACUAA